AUGGCUACUCAACAUUCACUUUUUAAUGAAAGUCCAGACCAUAUCAAUGCUUUACUUGAACUGAAUACUCCAAUUGCUCCAUCUGCUUUAUCUAAUGCAGUAGCUGUUCCAAAUUCUAAACAAGAUGGUUAUUCUGCCAUUUAUAGAAAUGCUUAUAGUCCUGAUAAAUUAUUAACUAUACCUCAUCCUUCCUUAGAUACAUUAUAUCGCUUAUUCGAUCAUACUUCCACUAUCAAUGCUCAAUUUGAUUGUUAUGGUACAAGAUAUAAAAUCCCAUCCACUGGGAAAUUUGGUCCUUAUACUUGGCAAUCAUAUCAAACUAUAAAUCAAAGAAGAACAAAUUUUGGUUCAGGAUUAUUUUUCGUCUUACAAAAUAAUCAAUUCAAAUCAACCAUUGAUGAUAAUUUGGAUUUAUCUUAUAAUCCUCAUCAAAAUCAACCUCAAUCUUCAUUCAUUGUAUCAUUAUUCUCUUCUAAUAGAGCUGAAUGGGGAAUUGCUGAUUUAGCAUGUAUAACUUAUUCCUUAACUAAUACUGCUCUUUAUGAUAGUUUAGGUCCUGAAACUUCAAAAUAUAUUUUGAAUUUAACUAAAUCUCCUAUUGUGAUUGCUUCCAAAGAUAAAAUUGAAAAUUUAGUUAAAUUAAAAUCAACUUAUGGUGAAGAAUUAAAUAAUUUAAUUGUUUUAGUAUCAAUGGAUCCAUUAGAUCGGGAAAAUACUAAUGAUUUAAAUUUAAUUGAAUUUGCUAAAUCUCAUCAAAUUUCAUUAUAUGAUUUUAAUCAAAUUGAAAAAUUAGGUGAAAUUAAUCCAUUAGAACAUAUCCCUCCAACUGCUGAUUCAAUCUAUACUAUCUCUUUCACAUCAGGUACUACUGGUGCUAAUCCAAAGGGGGUAGUUUUAGAACAUAGACAAGGGGUUUCAGCUGUAACUUUUUGUGUGGCCAAUGUUAAACCUAUAAAACGAGCUGUUACAUAUGCAUUUUUACCAUUGGCUCAUAUUUAUGAAAGAAUGAAUUUACAAUAUGCCAUGUUUCAAGGUGCUUCAAUUGGAUUUCCUCAAUCUCCUUCUGCAUUAACUUUAUUAGAUGAUGUUAAAGUAUUAAGACCUCAUUAUUUAUCCUUGGUUCCUCGUGUUUAUACUAAAUUAGAAGCCGCUUUGAAAUCUCAAACCAUUAAUAAUUAUGAUAAACCAGUAUUACAAAAGAUUUUCUCGGGUAUUAUCGCUAAGAAAAUCGAAUGGCAAUCAGCUCAUGAUGGAGCUGAAGGGAAACAUAUUGUUUAUGAUCAAUUCUUACAAAUACUUCGUAAGAAAUUAGGAUUUGAUAGAGUGGUAUCUUUCAAUUGUGGUUCUGCUCCAAUUUCUCCUGAAACCAUCAAAUUCUUAAAGGCAACUUUAAAUACUGGUAUGUCUCAAGGUUAUGGAUUAACUGAAUCAUUUGCUGGUGUUUGUGUAGCUCAAAAAUUCGAAAAAGAUCCGGGUUCAUGUGGGGCUAUUGCUAUAACUUGUGAAAUGAGAUUACGUGAAUUACCCACCAUGAAUUAUUUAUCAACUGAUGAAGGAGGUCCAAGAGGUGAAUUAUUAUUAAGAGGUCCACAAAUAUUCACUGAAUAUUAUAAAAAUCCAGAAGAAACCGCAAAGGCUCUUGAUAAAGAUGGUUGGUUUGCUACUGGUGAUGUGGCUAGAGUCGACGCUAAUAAUGGUAAUCGAUUAUAUAUUAUUGAUAGAGUGAAGAAUUUCUUUAAAUUGGCUCAAGGAGAAUAUAUCACUCCUGAAAAAAUUGAAAAUACUUAUUUAUCUAAAUUCCCUGUCAUUUCUCAAUUAUAUAUUCAUGGUGAUUCCUUAAAGACUUAUUUAGUCGGUAUUGUCGGAUUAGAUCCAAUGACGGUUAAUCAAUAUAUUUGGAAAAGAUUUAGAGAUAAAUUAUCAUCUCAAGAAGAAAUCAUUGAAUUCUUUAAAAAUCCUGACCAUAAAUUAGCUUUAAUUGAAGACAUGAAUAAAGCUGUGGAUCAAGAAGGGUUAUUAUUAGGAUUUGAAAAAGUUCAUAAUAUUUAUGUUACUUUUGAACCAUUGAAAUUAGAAGAUAAUGUCAUAACUCCAACUUUAAAGAUUAAAAGACCCAUGGCUUCUAAAUUCUUCAAAUCUAUUCAUGAUGAAUUAUACGAAGAAGGGUCAUUAAUUAGAAAAGUUGAUACUAAAUUAUAA